AUGGAAGAGCCAAGUUCAGAGGACCCAAUAGCGACGCCUAUGGGACCAAUGAUGGUUCGAAAAGGGGGCCGGCUCGUGUUCGAGAGUAGGCCAUCCAAUCCCUUUGAAGUUUCCGGAGACCAAGAUGUCGAUGAAGUUCCCGUUCCUGUUGAAGCUAGUUCUGAUCCUACAUUGUUGACGGGAAAAAAGAGGAAAAAUCCAAAGACCUCGCGACUCAAG